UGUCCUGCAUGGGGUGGGAGGUGUGGUUCAUCAGGGUCGGAGAUGGACAAGGAAAAAAAGGACCAAUCGCUCCAGGGCAAAAAUAAGCAUCGAUCAGAGGUCUCCUCUCCCGAUCAGAUGUAUCGGCAGCAGGAGGAGGUUCAGCCCUUGAACAAAGAACUGCUGGAGCAAAGAGCAGCGUUGGCUCAUCUUCAUCUAAGUGAUGUGCUCUUUACUUAGCAGCAUUGGAGCCGGAGGCACCGACAAACUCCACAAACUGGUCAAGAAGGCCGGCUCCAUCUUUGGCAGCUAUACUGGACAGUCUGGAGAAGGUGGUGAAGAGCAGGUUCCUGUGUACUUCAGGAUGUCUUACCCUCCUCCGCUCAACCGUCAGCAGAUAGGGAUCCCGCAGUUACCUCCCAGGAUGCCACCUCCGCAGUAUGGGGGAUUUGUCCCGGGUGUCCCGCCAGGUACUCCCAUGAUCCCGGUUCAUAUGGGUGUCGUAACCCCGACAACCACAGUUCUUCUCCCAAACCAAGUUGCUGUAAUGCAUAAGCCGAUGCUUCCGAAGAAGGAGCUUCACGUCAGAGCGAAGGACACGGACGACAGCAGCGGCCCCACCACCACUGUUUUUGUCGGAAACAUCUCUGAAAAAGCAUCCGACAUGUUGGUCAGACAGCUUCUAGCGAAAUGUGGUAUUGUUCUAAGCUGGAAAAGGGUCCAAGGCGCCUCUGGGAAACUUCAAGCUUUUGGUUUCUGUGAGUAUAAGGAGCCUGAGUCAACACUCCGGUCUCUCAGGCUUCUGCACGAGUUGCUCUUGGGUGAUAAGAAGCUGUUGGUGAAGGUAGACGCCAAGACCAAGGCCCAGCUAGAUGAGUGGAAGGCCAAGAAGCGGAGUUCCAAUGGGGCAGCCAGUGGCGUGUCAAAGAAUGAGGAGGACGACGAUGAGGACGUUGUCGAUGAAGAAACCCUGCGUCGGGACCAGGUUGUGAAGGGGGCCAUCGAAGUCCUCAUCCGAGAGUAUGCAAGUGAGCUCAAUGCGCCCUCGCAGGACCCCGACAGUCAACCUCGCAACAAGAAGCGGAAAGAGAAGAAAGAGGAGGAGGAUCUCAAUGCCAUGGAGAUGGAGGAUGACAAGAGAGACUUGAUUUCCAGAGAGAUCAGUAAAUUCCGGGACACACACAAGAAACUUGAGGAGGAAAAAGGAAAGAAAGAAAAGGAGCGAAUGGAGGUCGAGAAGGAAAGGAGAGAGAGGGACAAAGAGCGGGAGCGCGAGAGGGAGCGCCGCGACCGCGAGAAAGAGAAGGAAAGGGAGCGAGAGAGGGACAAGGAGCGGGAGAGGGACCGAGAUCGCGACCGCGAACGAGAGAGGGAUCGCGAGCGGGAGAGGACGAAGGAGCGGGAGAGGGAGCGGGAGAGGGAGAGGAGUCGAGACGUCAGUGAAGGUCGAAGCCGAUCAAGAGAGAGGACUCGGGAAGAUAAAAAACGAGACCGCGAGGAAGACGAGGAGGACGUGUACGAACGGAGGAGACUCGAGAGGAGGCUCAGAGACAAGGAGGCGGCCUACCAAGAACGUCUGAAAAACUGGGAGAUCCGGGAGAGGAAGAAGGCUCGCGACUACAGCAAAGAAACGGAGAGGGAGGAAGAGAGGCGUCGUGAAAUGAUGAAAGAAGCCAAAAGACUGAAAGAAUUCCUUGAAGACUACGACGACGACAGAGACGACCCAAAAUACUACAGGGGCAGCGCUUUGCAGAAGCGACUUCGCGACCGAGAGAAGGAGACCGAGUUGGACGAUCGAGACCGGAAGAGGGAGAAGGAGGAGCAUGAGGAGAUCAGACAGAGGCUUCUGGCUGAAGGUCACCCUGACCCCGAUGCUGAGCUGCAGAGGAUGGAGGAGGAGGCAGAGCGCAGACGGCAGCCUCCUCCGAAACUUGAACCCGAGGAGGACGUGAUCCAGGAGAAGGCUCGCAAGGAUCGGGAGCGGGAACGGGAGCGGGAGCGGGAGCGGGAGAGGGAACGGGAGCGGGAACGGGAGCGGGAUCGAGACCGAGAGAGGGAAAAGAGGGCGUCGGUGGCGUCGGCGAGGCCCGCGGAGCCGAUGCCGCGAGUCCCCCAGCAGCAUUCGGACGAUGAUGAUGUCGAGCAAGGGGGCGGAGAGGAUGACUACCAAGAUGCCGAGGACUCACCGGAGGCCAAGCCGCAACUCAAACCCGCCAUGCGACCAAUCACCACGGCUCCCUCGGUGUCCUCUGCCAGUGGGAACGCGACUCCAAACACACCGGGCAACGAAUCUCCCUGCGGCAUCAUCAUUCCCGGCGAGAACUCCCCCGAGGUCCAACCUCUGGAGGAACUUCGGCCCAAGAUCGGUCUCAGUCUGAAACUGGGUGCCACGCACAGCCCCAGCCAGCUCAGCGUCGGAAAGCGAAAGAAGCUGCCGACCGUGGAAAGUGUUUUCAACAAGUUCGACGAGGAGGAGGCCGACGAGCAGCCUCGCAAACGGAAGCUGGUCCCGCUGGACUACGGCGACGACGACAAGAGUCUGGGGCUGGAUGGGGCCGAAAUGCCGGGGGCCAAAGGCAGCGUCAACACGGAGGAGAAACGGAAGCACAUAAAGAGCCUCAUUGAGAAGAUCCCCACCGCCAGGCCCGAGCUCUUCACCUACCCUCUGGACUGGACCAUGGUGGACUCGACUCUGAUGGACCGUCGCAUUAAACCAUGGAUCAACAAGAAGAUUAUUGAAUACAUCGGCGAGGAGGAAGCCACGCUGGUUGAAUUUGUCUGUUCAAAGGUGAUGGCACACAGCACCCCUCAGGGUAUUCUUGAUGAUGUUGCAAUGGUUCUUGACGAAGAAGCAGAAGUCUUCAUCGUAAAAAUGUGGAGGCUGUUGAUAUAUGAAACCGAAGCAAAGAAGAUCGGUCUGGUGAAAUAAAGAAAGAAAUAGACACGCGUCUCUCCGCCUGACCUCCGGAAAAAUCACAGUUCUGCUAGCGACAGUUUUCUGGUCCAGCAGACUGUCAACAAUGUGCCCAUACACCCCCCCCCCCCCCAUUCCAUCAGCAAGGAGCUGCUGCCGUGUGUGUGUGUGUGUGAGAACAGAAAGGGUUUGCACAAACAUUGCAUGAUAAAACUGGUUGUAUUCUUUUUCUUUGUUUAUGCUGUUCAGGCAAAAGACGGUCGCAGCCCUCCCUCCUGUUCUCCAAAAAUGUUGGACUCGGUCUGCUUUGAUUCACUGUUGUCAUGUUGAGGCACUGCUCCAUUCUGUGAACUAAUAAAUAUGCUUUUUUUUUAAAAUAAAA